UUGGUUCGAAUCAUUCAGACCUAACAAUCCAAUCGGCUCCUGCCGCCACGGAGAUAACUUCCCUCUAAAGAAAAGUGAUAUUCCAACUAUUUUAAUCAUAUAGUGGGAAUUUAUACAAAAGUGAACUGAAAAUCGAAGGUAGUGUGUUAGAGCAAUCUUUCAUUGCAGGAUGUGGCCUUCACUUUUCUUUGGCCUCCCGGGCUUCGUUUCUGCCCAAGAAGCUGAUGUUGAUGCUGGCGAUAUAGUCAACGCAGAUUCUGCCGAGGGUCAGAAAAUGCCCUCAACCGAAGAACUUCUUCAAAUGGUAGAUUCCAUGGGAUUAGCUGAAGAUGAAAAACAAAAUUUGAUAGACAGAAUACUAAAAGGUCUUCCUCUUCCCGCGGCUGACGCUGGAGUUGAACCUGAAAAAGUUUUUGCAGCUGCCGACUAUUUCACUUACCAAACCAUUUUAUUCUUGUCCAUGGUAUCACUUAUUACUCUGAUCUUUGUUUUCUUUGGAUACAAACUCUACACAAGUUUGUCGGAGCGAGAGAGGAAGCGAGAAGAAAAAAGGAAACUGAAGCAGAUGAAGAAGAAGAAGUAGCCGAAAUCUGUAAACGAAAACAAUCAAAAACAAUAUGUGUUCCGAAAAGCUGAGAUGCCAAGAUCUCCUACUAUCUGUUAUCAACUCAAAGAAAUGCAUCACGUCAUAUUUUGUUACGUUAUUAAAGAUUAUAACUCAUGUACAAUAAUUGAACAUUCCUUAUUUAAUGUAUUGACUAUAUUUUGUUAAAUAAAUCGUAUAUUUCUGAAAAAAA